AUGUAUAUCGACCCAACUAACCACCACUUUGCGGUUAGCUGGGUCGAUCUACCAAAGUACCUAAGUGCCUGGGUCGAUUUAGGAAAUCUGGGUCGAUCUACCAAAGUACCUAAGUGCCUGGGUCGAUUUAGGAAAUGGACCCAGUUGCCGGGGCCCACCUUCUCGGCCCGAGGUGCCCAGAAGCGGCUGGAGGAUGAGUUCGCCCUUGAUCCUGCUCACGCCGGCGCCGACUUCCGCCCCUGGGCGUUUGAGAACGUCGUCCUCACCAUACUGAACAUCGUCAACGACCAACUCUUUUCCAAGUCUAUCGAAGCCGUUAGCGGAAACGUCAGUCGACGUUGGAAUAAAGCCCUUCGCCACUAUAACAUUUCUCUUGGUGCCCUUGCUUUCCUCUUUGGCGACACCAUUAUUGCCUCCCGUCCUUGCGCCGAAGCCACCACUAAGCUCUGCAAAAGCCACCCCGCCAACAGCAUAAUUGAUCUCUACCUUACUUACCGGGCCCAGUGUUUGAUUGGCCAAGUCAGUCAGAAAGCCGCCGUCAAGCGCUUCCGCCAAGCCAUCCAAUCGAUCAGUCAACACGCAUGGCCUCUCAAGCACAGCCAGCCAAAGGGUAAACGAGCAGCCACUGCUUCCGACGACGCAAACGCUUCAGACACAGAUAUGCACACUGAUAUUGGGCCCCAAGCCCCAAGUCGCGUUUCCGAGUCCCCCGAUUGUGAGCGCAGCCAGAAGCUGACUGCCUUUGACGAAAGCCACGACGGCCCCCCCAGUUCCGAGGCGGCGCCGCAAUAUGCGCAUCUUGCUUCCGACGAGCGUAGCCCCUUUCAAUUCAACUCCAUCGCUUUACCAAGCAGCAUCGAUUGCAAGCCUCGAUACAAGCAUCAGCGCUCUCUCAGCAACACCGGAUUUAUUGUCUCCCCGUGUGCAUUUGAGCCACUGGAAAGGCCUACCAAGCUUCCUCGUAUCUCCGUGAUUCCUGCUGCGCCUAAAACCGCGCACUACACGUCGCGCAGCAGAAUACGACGAGUCGAUCUACAAGACAUCCUGCAAAGUGCCUCCAGGUUAGACGGAGCCACCUGGCUCAACGAUACCGUCAUGCAAACCAUUAGCCAGAGGCUUGAGUCUACAACCGUCGGUAUUAUUCACAGCCUAACAAUCGCCGCCAAGCAAGUGACGGAACGAGGGCGUCUACAGCUACAGACAACCAUAGCCAAGAGCAAGGUUCUCCUCUUCUUGAACCAUAACAGAGACCACUGGAUUCUCUUCCUCUGGGAACCGGUUCGAAACCUUGUCACCGAGUUCAAUUCCAUUUCUACAGUCUCGUCAAACGCCCCGUCUGCCGACCCGUCUACCGCAUCACCUGCAGAUGCACCCAGCCAAACCGUGUUAACCUUUUUGCGGUGGGUUACCAACGAUGCCAGUCUUCAGGUUACAUUGCAAAAAGCCAAGUGUCCUCAACAACCCAACGCUUUUGAUUGCGGUGUAUACGUGCUGGCCUUCGCCGAGAAAGUCGCCAAGAACAACGAGAUUCCGCCCACCCUUGACGGAAACCUAGAACGAGUCUGCCUUGGGGGUGCUGUCCUUACAUCUUGGAACUGCGUCCCGCGUGCCGAAGAGCUGGUACCCCUGGGCCCGCACAUCCCGCGCACCACGGUCGAGCGGGUGGCACUGGUCAGGCUGCUCCGUCAUCGACAGACCAAUCUCCGCGCUCUAAUGCAAAGCUACGAGACGCAGCCGAAUCAGACCAGCGUCACGUCCUUGCGCACAGGCCAGAUCCAUUCCUUGACAGAGGCGGAAUGGCGUGACUGCCAACAAUCGACAUUGGCUGGCAUCAUCCUCAAUGAGAUGACGGAGCACCGUCGUGAUUUGGAGAGUGCUCUUCGCUCACACAACACUGUCAAUAUGUUGGAAACGGUCCAACCGCUUGAUUCUGCCUUAAGGGAGCAGAUCAAGGGCUUCAUAGCAGCCAUGGAUGCUCGCGAUGCCGUUAGACAUGAAGAGGCAGCAGGCGCAGGAAUGCUUGGCAAACAGGCCGAGGACCGAAAGACGAGAAACUGUGCAGCCAUGUACAUGAACGCCGUCCUGGCAGAGGGGUCGUGGGACGAAUCAGCCGAGUCUGAUGCACAGAAGCGGCAUCUAGCUCGAGAAUCAACGCAGGAUGGCUACGUCAGAAGCUGCGUGCACAUACUGAUCCUCCGCUACAUGAUGACUAAAUUUCGCUUGAUGAACGGGACAGGCGGAAGAUGA